CAAGACCUGGUGGUCUUGAUUGGUGAAAAGAGACAAAAAAAAAUUUGUCUCUCAAUAAUUGAUAUUGUUGCUUGCUGUCUUGCUGUUGCUCUUCAACAAUAAUAAACCCAAUAGGUAUGUGUGUAUUUGGAUGUUUUUUUUUAUGUAAAUGCUGUGACUUUGUGAUUUUUAUAAACAAUUGAAAAAUAGAAUAAAAAAAUAUACACACAUUUGUGAAUAGCAUAAAUAACUGUAAACCGGUGCAUGUUGAACAAUGUUGAAGUAUAACAUGGUGUUGGUGUAAUGGUGUGUCAUUUGUAAAGACAAAUAAAAAACUAUAAACUUAUUAAAAAAAGUUUAUAACUAAUUAAAGUGUAAAACAUUUUAAAAAAUUUAGAAAAUAAGUUAUCUAUUAGUAGAUAAUUGUAAUAGACUAAAGUGACUGAUGUCUAUCUAUCCAAGUAGACAAGAGAAAAAAAAAUUAAUUAAUUGAUUUAUCAACAUCAUGGAAGACGCAGAUGAUAGUUUUAUUCAAAAACAGCUACACAGCUGGAAUCUUGAUAAUUACAUUGAAAUUUUUAAAAGUAAUGGAAUCUUGAAUAAGCAACAGUUAUUAAAAAUAAAUCCUGAUACUAUCAGAAAUAUAUUUUUUGAUUCUUGUUCUGAAUUAGAUUUUUGGAGAAAAUGGGCACCAUUCUGUGCAAGUAAUGCAUUACCAGAACAACAUGAUGGUAAAGAUGAAUCAUGUCAAAAUGUUGCAGCUAUUAGAGCUUCUUUGCAUAAAGAAAUAACAAAAGAAAAAUUAAUGGAAAUAAUUCAACGACAUCAUCUUACAAGAUCGGUAUUUAAAUCAUAUGAACAAAAACAAAAUUUAGAACAUGAUACAAUAAUUGUUGAGGUUAUUGUAAGUGAUCUUGUUGACAUAAGUUCACAAUAUUGGAAUAAUGAACACUUUGAAGUUAUUGCAAAUAAUAUUGUUGAUAUAUUUAAAAGUGAAACAAAAGACACAUAUUACAUUGCACCAGAAAGAAAUAGAUCAGUAAUGGGAAAAAUACCAGAUCGUUUUAGAAAUUUUAUUCAAAAAUGUCGUGAUAUUAGCGGUGAAACUAGAAAACGAGGAAGAACAGUAGAUUUUAUAGAUGUAAAUGGUGUUAAAAGACCACGUUUAAAUGAUAAAUCAGUUGAAGACAGUGUAAGUUGGUUGAAAAAUAGUAAUGGAGCAUGGGAUGAAUUACAAUUACACUGGCAAAAUUCUUAUCAAUAUAGAAUGUCAUGGAUGAAAAUGAAUGACACUAAAACAGCUGAUACAAUAUUUCAAGAAUGGCCUGUAUUACAAUCACCAUAUGCAAUUGAAUUAAUAUUACAAGAUUUUGAUCAAAUGAUACAUCUUGAUGUUAAAGGUACAAUGUGGAAUUGGCCAAAAUUUGUUGAAUAUUUACGUGGAAUGAAAAAAUCAUCUGGCUAUGAUACAGUUGCUCGACGUUUAUUAGAAUUAUCUGAAAAUGAAACAACCACUGAGGGUGGUAGAACAUUACUUGAAUUUCUUCAUUUAGUUCAUUUAUUUCCACCAAAAGGAAAUAAUUCAGAUUUUAAGAAAAAAAAUAAAAGACAAUCUUGUAUGUUUGAAAGUUCAUCUAGUGAACAAAGCAGAGGGGCUGGAAUCCAAUUUUCAAAAGAUAGUCUUGUUAUGAAUGCACCGACAAUUGCUGAAAUGCAAAAUAUUAAAAGAGGAAAAAUGGAAGAUUCUGAUAAAACAUCAAUUGAACCAUAUAUCAUUGGUGUUGGACAAGGUCUAGAAAAAGCAACUGAAUUUUAUGUUAUACUUGAUAAUCAUGAGUAUCAAGUGAAAUCUGGACUAGAAGCAAUUGAUCUUUGCUUUAAAAUAUAUCAUGUUAUGUUUGCUGAAUAUCCAGCUGUUAAUGCUCAUAUUUGGCAAUUAAUUGAAAGAGGAGUUUAUAAAUUUCAUUCGAGAACAAAAAAAAUUCCAAAUAUGGAAAAAUUUUAUAAGGCUGCUGAAGACAAAAAUUUUCUUGAAAUUUCUGAUGUUAAAAGUGAAGUUGUAUAUCUUCUCUAAAGUAUUAAUUAUAAUUUAAUUAACUUGAUGGUUUUUUUUUUUUAAAUAUCUUUCAGAUUGUACAGUUUUUACCUUCAAUGUUUAUUGUAACUUUGGGAGGUUUUUUUUAAGUUUAUAACUAAAUUAAGCAAGUUUUUUGUAUAAAUAUAGAUUAGUAGUUGAUAAAAAAUAUUAACAUAAUCAUUUAUAAUUAUUUGUUAUGAAAAAAAAAAGUAAUAAACAUAAUCAAAUGAAUUUUUUUUCUUUUUUAAGAAUGUCUUUUAAUUGUGUUUAAUAAUAAAAUUCAUAUAUUUUAAUGUUAAUAUCUAAUAUUCACAGUAUAGAUACACAGGAUAAUAUCCCAAUUGCCUUGAUUUUUUAAAUUUUUUUUAUAUUAAAUAUAUAAAAUCAAUACCGAGAUGUUACAAGAUCAAUUGAUCAAAUGAAAAAAAAAAAUUAAAUAAUUUUAUCUGUCUUUUUAAAGAUUAAUUUCUAACAUUUUUUUUUUUUUUUUCUUUUUGAUCUUUUAAUCGGUUGUCUUUAAAUGCACAACUUAAAGUUACUAAUUAUUAUUUUUUUCUUUUUUUUUUUCUAUCUAUAAAUUUGAUUUAUUUACACUUAGAUUUUAUUUAUUGUGUACUUUAAGGCCAAAUUAAUACGUAAUAUUUGACAUAGUUGUAUAAAAAAAAAUAUAUGUAUAAAUAAUCAACACAAUGAUGCUCAGUUAUUAUGAAAUAAAUCCAAUAAAAAUUUACAAAUUGAAAACUAAAGAAGACAUACAAAUUUUCAUCUAUUUGCAUUUUUUGUUUUUGUUUUUUUUUUUUUUUUUUAAAUAGAUAAAAAAACUAUUGUCAAAAUUAUUUAAAGUUUAAAUAUAUUAACAAGUAAUCUCGCUGUUUUUCUUUGUUGAUAGAAAUAAUUUUUAUAAAAUUAUGAAGAAAAAACGUUCAGAUAUAAUGAAAACCAAAAGGAAGACGUACGAUUUAUCUGUGCUGUUUUUUAAUCGAUGGCUUUCAACAAGUAGUAAACAAAUAAAAACAUCACAUCAUCAACAUGUU